GCCACUGCAUAACUGCCUAUGAUAACUGCUGCACAACCGAAAGGAUCUCUGUAAUUUAAGUCAUGUAAAGCGCCACGAUUCUCAACUGGCAAUGGACGAUAUAAUUUCAUUAAGUUCGGGUAGCGAUUCAGACUCCGACCUAGAGGUUGUGCGUUGUUAUAGUGAUGAUACUAGAGAAGAUGCCAGACCAUUUAUUAGGACCGACUGGGUUCCUGUGAAACCGGUUGUCAUUGACUUGUCAAAACUCAGAAGAAGAAGACGCCCCCGAAGGUUCCAACGUGGUUCCAUUGAAGUUGUAGACUUGAGUCUUGUAGAGGAAAAAGAAUCAGAAGCUGUUUGUGCUGCACUAUCAAUAUCAGAUAAAGAGGAGGAUUCCUUGCAUCAACAAGGCGAAUGUCAGAUUCCACCUUCUCUUGCAACUGAGAGGAGCCCAAGUUUAUUAGAAGAAAAUUCACAGGGGAUUGAGUCACCCCAGAAGUCUUGUUUACCUCCUGAUUGUGAAGCUCUGUCGGUAUCAGAGAAAGAGGGAAAUGGCCUUCAAUUAGAAGGUGAAUCUGAAGCUCCAUCGCCAGCAGCACUGAUUGUACACAAAAAUAUAUCUGUUAAAGAUCCAACCACAAUAGACUCAAUAGAGAAAACCUCUGUCCUCUUGGGAAAUGAGCUGCCUGCGUUAGAAAAGUGCAGUUCACAAAAAGACUCUCCAGAUAGCAUUCCCUCUCCUUUCAGCCUUGAUAGCAAUUAUCACUGUCCAUCUGAAAUUGAUCCGUUUUCAUUCUCAGAUGAGUCAAACAUGCCUGAGUUAAAGGAGACCACUUUUACCACAGAUUUAUUUGACCACCCGGCAGAAUCCUCUUGCAUGCCUUCCAAGUCCACCCUAACAGAAGCCCAAAGGAAGUCAUCCAUUGGUACAUUUUCAUCUGUAGCUGGUUUAGAAGCUGUUUGGGAAGAGAACCUAGUGCCCUCCUCCUCUUCUGUAAGUCAGUCUAAUACAGGUAAUCUCACAGCAUUACCUGCCUCAGAUACUGUGUCCCCGUGGACAGAAACCCAGAUCAAUUGUACCCCAAAUUCUCCAGGAAGACCUGGUUCUGAUGUCAGCAAGACCAUUCAGACUGCUAUGAGGGCAACCCACCUACAUAGUGCUCUGUGUCCUCAAAUUUGUCUGUCAAACCCUUUAUCUGAAAGGGGCUGUCAAGAACAGGAGGGGAUAAGACUCCAUAAUGGUCUUGGUCAAGUUGAAAACAUACAGGAGGAUUCUGUCAGUCACAUGAUGUCUGAUUUUGGUCCUGGGAUGUCUGGACAAGAGCUACAGCACAAGCAAUACAUUUCUCAUAUUCAGCUAAAGAAAUUAAAAAAACAGAUGGGGGCAGUGGUUCAAGACCUGAUUGACGAGGAGGAGGAAGAGGAAGAGGAAGACUAUGGUCCACCUGAGCUAUUAUGUAGACAGAGUCUUAGCCUAGUCUAUAGCACCAUUGAGGAAAACUACCCAGAGGGUACCCUUCAGCUUCUGUCAGAUUUUCUGCAACCCCGGUACUAUCCACCCCCUGACAUCAUGGCACACCUACUCAGGGGUAUCCUGAUGGACCCUCACUGUCCUGAUGUUCUUGCGCUGGAGGCCUACAGUUUACUGAUGAGGAUUCAGAUAUUUCAUCCAUCAGAUAUAUCGUCUCUUUCAUGGGACUGGGGACUGCUGACAGCUGUGAUGGAGCAGCAGGAUAGCUCCAAGAGGCUUCGGCUGGAUGUCAGAUGUAUGCUACUACAGUAUGUGCUACAAAUUCUUGAUGAUGACUUUCAGCAGAAAUUAUGCAUGCAAAAGCUGCACCUGUCCAUCACAAAAGCCAUGCUGUCUUGUGAGCAGAGGUUCACUCAUGUCAGAGACCUCAUUUGUUGGCUUUUUGAAGCAGUAUCCUUGGCUGUCGGUAGCAAAGAGAAUAAAAACCCCAAGAGGGAGAGGAAUGAAAAUCUUAAGAUGGUGAUGGUUUUUCAGAAGAUGCUGGUCUUAGCCUUGGAGGUGGAUCGUACUCCCACCUGCAGCUCUAAUAAGAUUUCCCAGGAGCUUUUCCACACCAUUAUUAGCUCUCAAAAGCGUGAGCACAGGUUGCUUCUUUUUGAUACUCUAGAAAGCAAUCUGCUUAAGUGCAAGCUUCUAGAGCUUCUUUUGGACUAUGAAUGCCCUCAAAAGAUACCUGUGCCAAUGUCCCUCAGCCUGCUGCUCCACUUCCUUCAAUAUUCCACUCUGCCAUCUGAUCCAAUGGAUGGUAGUGAAGGCUGGAGGAGAUGGGAAGAGCUAAUGCAGCUGAUCUGGAUGCUUCUUCUGAGCUAUGAGGAAGUCAUGAAAGGUCACCUUCGCUGUUCAGUUACAGAGAGGUCCACAUACGGCCGUGCCCCAACCUGGACAAUGAAUGACCGGUUAACCGAAGCCAUGGUGCAGGAUGCUGCAGAUGCUUUUCUGGCCAGAGCAGAAAGAGACUUGGGCUUUUCCCUUCCAACACAUGUCCAGGAGUCACUGGCUCUUCUUCAAGAACAUUUACUAGACACAUACUAGAUUUGUUUAGGGUCAGAUUGUUUUUUAUUUGUGUGUACUUUUGAAUACCAAAUGAUUAUAGCAAUUAUUUAUUGUUUUGUUUUUUAAAAAAAAAAGUUGUAUAUUUUCUCUACACCAUAAGCGUAUAUGUACAUGAGUAAACAUGAUACUGACUCGCAGUGUGCUUUUGGAAACUAUAUAUAUGGUCCAGAAAUAGACAUUAGUUUCUUGAUGUGAAUUUAUGGACAUUCACCAUGAACCGGUGAGCAGUACUUUUACCAGCAGAUUAGUGAUCAAAUUGAAAGCAUAGCAAGAGUAACCCAGACAGCAUUUACAUCUGUGCCAGAUCCGUUUUUGAAUCAGUAGAUUUGCGCAGCAGUCGCACUCACUAUGCAGAUCUGCACCAACUUGUCGCCAGACUUGUCUGUAGCUUCUGACUGUAACAGUCCAUCCAGCGGGUGCGGCGCCUAUCCGGGGCAGCUUCGCAGACCAGACGCGCCACAACUGAAUUGAGUCCGCCCAGCGGGUGUGGGCCAGAUCCCCAGGAGCUGCGCAGACCUGACGCCCCACAACUAACGGAACACUUUUCCCCCACAUAAACCUGCAACUCUACGUUAUGUGAUUAUGCAGAGUGAAAGACUACAGGCUGCACCGUCUUUGUGAUUAUUGGUCCACAAGAAUUGUCUGGUCCUCUGACAUCCAUCCGUGAACGGCGCUGCUAUUCACCAUCUGCUCGAAAAUAUUUCUCAGGACAGCUACUAGCCUCUGCGAGAGAUCUGCCGCUGCCGCGACCAAGGAACUGCUGCUGACCUGCGAGCUGCCAUGAUAGCAGCCUGCCCUGCAGUCUGGAUUGAGUAGCCUAGCUAACAUCGAAGAACUCUCACGAAACAACAAACUGUCGCUGUCAAAGUCCACCGACCUGCUGAUCUGCAGGAUCACCCAACUGUUCUGUGCUUUCAGUGCUCCCCAGACUGCCAGUAAUCUUCCUCCGGCACAGCUGAGUGCCGUUGUCAUCAUCAUCGGGACAUCAGCCGGUUAGGUGCAACAGACUAUGUUAACAUGACAUUUUCUUUUAGUGCGUUUAGCGGAGUUUGUUUAUCAACAUAAGCCUUAUAUUUCACAUAUUGGUUUGUGUUAUGUUGUAGGCCUAGGCCUAAACUUAGGCUAGCGGACACAGUGUUCUCUUUUGGCUUUUUUAAAAUAAAAAACUAUUUUGAAAAUUACAAAUUGUGUGGGUCUUA